AUGUCGAUGAUAAAAUGCUGCUUCGAGCCACUGGAAAUGCCCGAGUUUUUGGACUCGUUUGUGAAAAAGUGUACCGAAGGAUGUUGUUGUGGUUGCUGUUCGGCCUUACGGCCACGCUACAAGCGGCUGGUGGAUAACAUCUUUCCAGCCAAUCCGGAAGAUGGGUUGGUGAAAUCGAACAUGGAAAAGCUCACCUUCUACUCGCUGCGCUCGCCGGAAAAGCUCGACCGUAUCGGCGAGUAUCUGUACCAGCGUGCCUCGAAGGAUAUCUACCGAAAGCGCUACAAGUUUGUCGAGAUUGCGAUGGAAGCGAUGGACCUGCUGCUGAUGGCAUGUCACGCCCAGAUACUGAAUCUGUUCGUUGAGUCAUUCCUGCGCAUGGUACAGAAGCUGCUCGAGGACACGAAUCCAACGCUACAGAUAAUGGCCACCAAUUCGUUCGUACGGUUCGCCAACAUUGAAGAGGACACACCGUCAUACCAUCGGCGGUAUGACUUUUUCAUCUCAAAGUUUUCCUCCAUGUGUUACGGCAACAAUGAAGAUAUGGAGCUGCGCGAUAGUAUCCGGAUGGCUGGGAUAAAGGGUCUACAAGGCGUUAUUCGGAAGACGGUUUCCGACGAUUUGGUGGCAAACAUUUGGGAAAAACAGCACAUGGAGAAGAUUGUCCCUUCGCUGCUGUUCAACAUGCAAUCGGGACCAUCGAAAACGACUGACACGGAAGCAACGCCUUCAACGCCGCCACUGCUAGCGGAAGCUGUACUACGCGAACUCGUCAGUAGAGCUUCGUUUGGACAUAUCAAAUCCGUGCUUAAGCCACUGUUAACGCAUCUCGAUCACCAUAAGCUGUGGGUGCCGAACAAAUUCGCCAUUGAUACGUUCCGGAUUGUGAUGAUUUCGAUUCAACCACAGUACUCGUACACGGUCGUCGAAACGCUCAUGUCCCAUCUCGACCAGAACCUAACAUCAUCGCCCAAAACGCGCACCUCAUUGGCGGUGGUACUUUCGAAGAUUAUCGCCAUCGCAGCGGGCGAAAGUGUGGGUCCAUCCGCACUCGAUAUCAUCAACAAUUUGCUUAUGCAUCUAAAAACAAGCGUUAGCACACAGCACGAAUCCGCAUCGGAAGAGACACAGUACCAGGAAGCGCUCAUAAACGCACUCGGCGAAUUCGCCAACCAUCAUCCGGAUUAUCAGAAGAUUGAAAUAAUGCUCUUCAUCAUGAACACAGUACCGGAUCCAUCGAACAAGAGCCGGGGUGAUCAAUUGCUGCAGAACAUUUUGCUGAAAAGUUUACUCAAAGUCGGCACACAGUACCGGACCGUUUCGUUCGAGAAAGCAUUCCCAGUAUCGUUCCUACAGCCGCUGCUCAAGAUGGCACGGGCCGCUUCCAUCCCGAUCCGCAUAAUUGUGAUGCAAAUCUUCCAGCAGCUGCUCGAUCGGCAUCAGAAUCAGCAUCUGCUGAACGUGAUCAGUGUGAGCCACUAUCCGACACUAACAAUCGAAAGUCCAUCCCGAUCGGACAUUCUGUUUACGCACAAGUACGGCUCGAACAUACUGCAGGCAAUCAUCGAAAGCAUGUCGCAGGAAAAUCAUCUGGAGGUGUUGAAGUCGUCGUACAACACGAUCGCGCUGGUAAUCGUAGAAAUGGCGUGCGGGGAGACGGUGCAGGAGAUUUUGCUGUUUGUACUGGGCGUACAGCAAGUGGCCGUAACCGAGGUGGAACUAUCACCAAAGCAUCGUUGCAAUCUGCACAGCAUUGCCAUUUCGCUACUAAUCCUGCUCGGACGCUGUACCGGCAUCGGUUCGCUGGUAGAGUACGUGGAAAAGCUGAUCCAAGCCCGGAAAGAGGAGGCAUCCUACCUGCUCCCACCACUGAUGGACAACGACAAGAGUGCGCCGAGUACGCUAAACACCAAUCUGCCCCAUCUGCUCAUCGACAAGCUAGCGGUGGCCGAAUGCUUACAGCAGGCCGGUUUGGAAUGCAAUCGUGUCCAGACGGGCACACCGUACGCGCUCAAUCAGACGGACAUAUCGGCCCAUCGCCAUUCCUGGGUCGACACGCACAGCGCCGUCCGGAACAGUGUGGUCGAUUCAAGCUACAACGACAUCGAAAGCGUUAGCAGUUCGCCCGGCGUACAGAAACGUUCGCUCGCAUCGGAAUACAACUUCGAAUCGAUGAAGCGCGUGCUGGCCGAACCGACGGAAGCAUCCAAACGGGAGGCACGCGAAAAGCAGAUGGCAAUCGGGCGUACCUUCCGCGAAACUGCGUUCGAAGAUUUGGUACGCCGUACCGAACCGAAGCACGACGUCAUACAGAACAAGCUGAACGAAAUCUUUAACGCACUGUCCGCGGAACGACAAAUCUCGGCCACGUGCAGUGUGCAGGCCGGAUCGCUGCUUGGUGCUAACGGUGGCUUAAGCGGACCGACAAUGAUCGAACCGGGCAAGCACGCGGGUGCUGGUCAGCGGCCAAUCUACGAAAAUAACUUCCCGGAACUGUUCUUCUACUAAGCAAUGUGGUUCAUUUAGCAAUAGCGG